ACACAGUAUUGGCUAGUUGAUUUUACGAACGUUCCAUGAUUGUCAGACGUCACUGGUGGGCGAUGGUAUUUCCGGUCUAACGCUACGUUAGGUUCAUCGACGACGCCGGUAACUGUCAGGUUAAGACUAGGACCAGAUAAACAUGGCUUUCUACACCAGAUCCCUUCAACAUCUGCCAAGGAUAACGAUAAAUGACGUACACCGAAUAAUUCAGGCGUCAUCAUCGGCUCCCAAGAGCAAGAGGGAAAAGGGUUUCAAGAUAUACGUCUCUUCAUUCAUUGACAAUUAUGAAGACUGGACUAUAUUACGGAUGUAAAAUGAUGACGGGUUAUCUUGCUGCACAAGGAGUUUGUGCAUCAGAGGUUCGAGUGGGCCGGACAUUGGCACAGAUGCAUGAACCUUAUCAUCAAGCUCGAUGCCAGAAACGCUGUACUUUCCCAUGGGAUGUGGGAUCAGGUCAGAGUGGACCAUGGUAGAGAGUUUUAUCUAACCCUCUUCAUGCAUGACAUCUUGGCAGAAUACAGGCAUAACCAGCAACGACUGCCUUACCUCCAGACAACAUCAACUAAGAACCACACCGUAGAGAGAAUAUGGCCUGAAGUCAAUAAGCGGGUCAAUUUUCCAAUCAAGACUGCACUCAUUCAAAUGAUUGACCAGGAGACUUUGGAUAUGGAGGAUGGGUUGACCAGAUACUGUGUAUCCAAUCUCACAUGUGAGAUCAGCCAGAUUGGGGUACAGAGAUUUGUUCAGGCAUGGAAUAGCCAUAAUAUUCUAGGCAAAGGCAUUCCCAAUCUGCUGGCCAGAGAUGGCUGCGCGGCAAGGAUUUCAGAGCCACUGCUGCCGAGGGCCUCAGAAGCUGCCGAGCUAUACAGAGAGGAGAUGGGAAACAGUUUGACCACUCCAUCAGCAUUUGGUAUUGACCCAUUUCAGUCUGAAGAGAACAAAAUUAGGGCAGAGACAGAGUUUAAUUCACUUUAUUUUGACCUUGGAAAUGUAUUUAACUACACUGUAAAUGAGCAUUACAGGUCAUACCAAGACUGUGUAACUGACCUAAUUAACAUUGCAAGAAGAUGUGCAUAGAACUGCUUUAUAUUGUACCUCUAACAUGACUAGCAAAACAUUUCUUGUCGUGUAUUAACUUUUUUGGCUUCUUGUAGCAUGAAAUGUAAACACUAUUAAGAGAACAAUACAAUUAUAUUAACUCUUUCCCCGCCAAACACAGAAUUUUCCGGGUAUCCGUGUUUUAGGUGGUAUACGGUAAGGAAGACCCGCGCGCAUGUUUUGAAAGAGUACGCAACUCUUUGAUCAAAGAAACAGACUGCGAUCGUCUCAAACGUGAAGUGGAACACCAUACUAAUACUAAAGCACUUGUUUGAUAAAAAUGCCUUUUUCUCAGCUUUUUGUCCGAAAUGUUGUUUUUGACAAAACCUACCUCUGUUCAAGUGGCAAUAAAAAAAGAACAAAUGAAGAUAAAAUAAAAUCAUUUUUUUUGCCUAAAAGCAGAGGCUCAGAUCUUUAUUUUGAUAUAUAGCAUCUUCAUGGAAGAAAAUAUUCUGCGGGCCAUUAAAGUUUAGCGAAAAUCGUCAAAAACCCUGGCGGUGGCUGGCAACUUUUUUUAAAAACGCUGGCGGGGAAAGAGUUAAGAGUUAUAAUAACAACUGAAUAAAAAUAAAUAAAAAAAAACUUUUUAACUUCUGGUAGCAUUCGAACAUGCACUCUACCACAGCAGCAAUCUUAAACACAACUGAACUGCUCUUCUAUGGCCCUAAUUACAUUGAACACUUCAGAGAGGCCAGCUACAGCCACCAGGGAUUGCCCUGUAAUUGCAGACCGACAUUUUACGCAUCCUUGACCCUCCUGAAGUAUAACGUCGACACAUUGUCGACAACCAAUCAAACUUCGACAGCAACGUG